GCUCUUGGUGUAACUAUGGAGAGUGGUGAGCUGGUGCUUCGGUUGCCCACACAAUCCGACCCACUGGAGACGGGGACUUUUAGUGCUGGUGAUGGGUUUGGCGAGACUUUGGUGCUACGUCACAAAGAGGUUCACCACUUCUUCUUUGUACCUUUCAGGGAGCAGCCCAUCUACAGCACACGGGCCCACGUCUUCCAGAUUGAUCCCAACACCAAGAAGAACUGGCUGCCAACCAGUAAGCACGCUGUCACAGUCUCCUACUUCUAUGACAGCACACGGAAUGUGUAUCGAAUUAUCAGCCUGGACGGCACCAAGGCAAUAAUCAACAGCACCAUCAGUCCCAACAUGACGUUCACAAAGACCUCGCACAAGUUUGGCCAGUGGGCGGACAGUCGAGCUAACACCGUAUACGGCCUGGGAUUCUCCACAGAGCAUCAUCUAUCCAAGUUUGCAGAGAAGUUUGCAGAGUAUAAAGAAGCAGCACGUCUUGCUAAAGAAAAAAGUCAAGAAAAGAUGGAGAUGGCCACUUCUCCUUCUCAGGAGUCUCCAGCGGGUGAACUCUCGUCACCUUUGACCCCAGUGACUCCGCCGAUGGAAAACAUCAACGGAACAGACGAAUUGUGCAACACGACUCCCAACUCAGACACCCGUCCAGAGCCGACGCAGAACGCACUGUCUUUUGCACACAGCCCUGCCAUGACUAAACACUGGGAGGCUGAGCUGGAGGCACUAAAGGGGAACAAUGCCAAACUGACGGCAGCUCUGCUGGAGUCCACGGCCAACGUCAAACAGUGGAAACAACAGCUGGCUGCAUACCAGGAGGAGGCAGAGAGACUACACAAGCGGGUGACAGAACUUGAGUGUCAGAGCAACCAGUCUCCAGCCAUCAAGUCCCAGAAGACUGAACUCAACCAAACCAUAGAGGAACUGGAGAACACGCUAAGAGAUAAAGAAGAGGAAAUGGAGAAGUUGAAAGAAGAAUUGGAACACAUGAAUGAUCUAAUGGAACAGAAAAACACUCUAACCCAGAAACUAGAGGAGACGGAGCUGCGCAGUCGGGUGCUGGAGGAGCAGCUGGCCGGGGCUGAGCAGCGGCUGGAGGAGAACCAGGAGGAGCAGGAGAAUUUCAGGAAGAGCCUGCGAACACUGCUGGAGCUGCUGGACGGCAAGAUCUUUGAGCUGACCGAGCUCAGAGACACCCUGGCCCGGCUCAUAGAGGAGGCCAGCUAGAGACAGUGCUGCCUAAACUACACAGACAGAGCCAUAUUAAAAUUACAGCAAGACGCCCCCACCCACCCUUCCAUGCCCCGUCCUCCUCCUGUACCGCAGACACAUUAGACCUGAGACACCGCACUGCCCCACUUAUGACCUUGCUUAAAAAGGGCAGCUAAACCCCCUGUUGUUAACUCGCAGGCAUCCAAAUCCAACCGACUGCUGGCACUCCUGUUGUUCAACACAACACAGGGACUACCUCAUCUUGUCUUCUGAUUGGCUGGUGUGGGCGUAACCUCGGCUGAAUUGAUCUCUGCAGUCACACAGAUGCCUGUUGUAGCACACUGCAACUGCCCCUCAACCUCCAGACACUCAAACGCCCGUUCAUGCAGAGAUAACUUGAGAACUGUGCCUCAGCGCCAUCUGCUGUCUGACUUGGAGAGCUACAACACAACCUGCGGUAUCACCUAUGGUUCUACAAUGUCUCCCUUUUCUUCCUCUCUAACCCUUCCCCGAAGACGAAUGUUGGAAAUAAUUGCUGUCAGGACUCAGAGAUCUGCUCCAAAGCUGCCAAAUCCCUCCGAAUUAUUGUGGUGUAACUAGCAGAUGCUUUGAUCCAAAGUGACUGUCCGCAGAAGUGCUGAAUACAGAAGAACAGUCCUGUAGAUGUUCUCAGCUUGCUAACGGAGUGUCAGGGAAGUAAAUGACAGCUCUCAAUGAACCAGUCGCGUAUUAGCCGGUUGUGACAUCACUGCUGCUCCCUUGCCUGGAUACACGGGGCUGCUGGGAAAUGGAGUUCGUCUUGACACAAACUGACUUCUCCAGUUGAAAUAACUGAUUGCCUUGCAUCCACAGGACUGACUCUUCCACAGGCUUAAUGUUUGAUUUGAAUUGAGAAUCCCCGUAUCCAGGCUUCUUCCACAGACAUCUGAGCUGUCUUCCUGCCAAACUCAGUGUGCUGUGUGUGUCCAAACAAGGCCUGACCUUCGACAUAACGUCUGCCUUCAAAGCACACCUAAGUGGACGUGUUUGUAUAUAGUAUGUGUGCAUUAUGUGCUGCGGGAGAAACGCCCUGUUUUGGACAUUAAGACGCACACACACACACACACACACACACACUGAACAAUACCAGAUAGGCUCAGUACAGCACCUCUCUAACAUUAUCAGGUACUCCACUCAGUGGACUCAAGCAGAUAGGUCAAACGUCCGACAGAACGUGUACUACUUUUGACCGCGAACCUGUGUGGCAACCCGUUGUAUGGUCGAAGUAGUGCAUAGUGAAGGGCUUUGAAUGUCGUCUAUGUAUCUCCACACUCUCACUCCUGACGGGUGAAUACAGAACUCUUUCUGUUGUGUUUUUUCCCCCAACACAAGAUACAACAGCGAUGAUGCUGUUCUAGAAAUGUACACACACAACUUUCUCCUCAUGAUGGCAUUUGUAAAUGAAGGGUAAGAAGACUCAAAUGCAGUGAUGCCCUACACAGUGGCUUAUUGUUGUGUAUUAACCCAUGGAGUAGUAUUACAUAGAUAUUAUAUAGACUAUAUAAUCUGUAGUUAAACAAGGUAAAUCUCCUAAAAGUUCAUUAGAACGUGAAACAACACAAUGUAGACUAAAAAGAAAGAAAAAAAGCACUUUCACAGAGCCCAGCAUCACAAAAAUUCUUAAAUCACUAAUCCUACAUUACAACUCUGUUUGCACUGUGUUAUUACAUUGUAACUACAUGAUAUAAUUAUGAAAUAUGCAUUAAAUAGUAGCACAGUAUAGUUAAUGUACUUAGAAUAUUUUUUGUAGAUAGUGACAGAGGUUAAUACACUGGAAUAAGACCUGGGUAAAUUGAAGAGCGACGCCCCUUUUGUUCUUUGCGGUUUAACUUGGAAGAGCAGGAAACCAGAUGGAAUACCUUAAUGCUAUUGUUAAUGGAUGCCUUUGUACAGUAGUGGAUAAGAUGCUUUUCAUUCUCCUGUUUUGUAACUUAUGGUAUUUAAUGUAGGUAUUAUGAUUAUUAUUGUAUUUAGAGGUAUGAGAAGACUGGCAAUAUUUUUUGACAAUUUAAAGUAAUUUUGAACUCAUAUUUAAGAGGUACCUCAGGCAAACGAUGUUAGAAGAUUGGUGAGAUGAGUGUUUGCAGGUGAAAGGAUUUACCAAAUACUGGUGAAAAUGUUCAGGAGACACCUGUUGGUGCUUCAGCUAAACUAAAUCCUUUGUUGAACUCAAAGUCAGCAGGCUUAACCUCUGUGAAAUGACAAAUGCUGUUUUAUAUUCAAAUACAGUGACAGCAGAAGU